AUGGCCACAAUCUACCGGAAGGCGCAGGGAAUUACCAUCUAUCUUGGAGAAGAGGAUCAAGGAAGCGACCUUGCCAUGGAAGCCCUGGAAAAGGCAACUUUCUUGCCAACCUGCGCCAUAAGAGCCAAAUGUACCGAUCCUGCGAAAUCUCAAGACCCCGACGUGGUGGCCUUGAGAAACCUGUUUGCGCGACCGUGGUUUAAACGGGUCUGGGUUCUUCAAGAAGUCAGGAAUGGCAAAUUCCCAGUCAUCAUCUGCGGGCCAAAGACACUUCCCUGGAGAGUUUUCGACAAUCUCACCAGGUUUGGUUUUCCUCGCACCUUUGGACUGAUUCCAGUCCCUCUUGACAUUAGAACCGUCUCAAGAGCCGAGGAGAAGUUCGAUGCCGAAGGCCUGUUCAGGCGAUUAUGUAAAGCACGGGUAUGCCUCGCCACUGAUCCAAGAGACAAGGUAUUUGCUCUUCUGCCCUUGUUCUCAAAGGUGGAUGGAGAUGGCGUCAAGGGCUUUCUGCCUGACUACUCGCGGUCAACAAAGGACACGUUUGUCAGUCUCGCUAAAUAUCUUCUUCGGUCUAGUGAGGUCGGGUUCAGUCUACUCUAUGCCACUGAAUCGCACUCGAGUCUGGAGGGACUACCAUCUUGGGUUCCGGACUGGAGCUCCAUCCCUCGAACACAAUACAUCUAUAGCCCUGAGCAUCUGACAGCGGCCAUGAGGACAGUCUAUAAUACUCACACCUUGGUAAAGUUUCUGCCUGGUAAUGUGCUAUCUUUCGCGGCCACCAAUUGGGGCAUAGUCGACCAAAUAGCAAGCACAUGCAACACAGAAGAUCCACGAUGGUCCAGGACGGUGUUUGAAGAAUGGCGUAACUUGGCAUUGUCUCAUGUCAAGGCCACAAAAUCGAUAUACACCUUCACAAGGCAAGAGGAGUUCUACUUGUUCCUAGGCCAUGAACUUCCCGAGAUUUUCUUCGGAUCUUUGCGAGCGCCCCCUUCAUGGAUAAAAUACGCAUGGGCCGGCCUGUUCUCAGAUUUUGAGGCAGCGUGCGAGAACCCUUACGAUCGACCCGAUUACCACCAAGCGGCAGAAGCUCUCAAAUUUCAUCUUCGCCUGAAAGAGACGUGCCAUGGCCAAAAGCUUGUCGUGGUGAGCGGAGAGAGCCACAAGUUUUUCACAUAUGCCAUCACGGAUGCUGAAGUACAUGUCGGCGAUAAGGUGGUCCAGGUUGCAAAUCGGCCCAAACCCUUUCAAGCCUUUGGUAUCAUAAUUCGGAAGCGCCCCGAUUCUUCGGAUCAAUACACGCUUGUUGGGAAGUGCCGCCUCCAGUCAGUCGUUCGUUAUGGCGCGUUGGAAGACCCGACGUGGUUCUUGAUAUCUUGA